UCCGGUAGCUGUCGCAGGGUACAGCUGCUGGACGAAGGUGCCGGUCACAAAUCACUCAGUCAGACGUGUGAGAGACGCGUCCGGAAGGUGGAAUUGGACACGUUCCUGGCAGUUUUGGUCUGUCCGACUAUAGAAAAGUCUAUUCACCAAUGAGAAGCCAGAGGUUCUGCGCCCUUUUGGCACUGCUACUAUCCGCAGUGUGUCACUUCACUGUCCUAGCAAACGAAAACCCUGUCUUGGAUAAGAAUGAUACUUACUCUGGGGACACUCUGCAGUCUUUCAGUGGUGAGAAUGGGACAGAGGGCUUAUUGAGCACCCAUCUACCAGAUGUCUCUGCACACGAAGACUUUGAGAAUGAUGGAGACCUGUCUUCUUCUGGAUAUCUGCCUUUGGAUGAUUCCAUUAAUGUUCAACCAGUUAUUAAACCAAAAAAAGGAAAAGAAAGGAAAAAGAAGGUGACUAGUUCAUCCAAUUCAAAGAAAGUCAACAAAAAUGAAGAUGGGAAAAGGAAGAAAAACUUUUGUGAAACUGAUACUUACAGAGAUUUUUGUAUUCAUGGAGAGUGUUUGUACUUGGAACAUCUACAGCAAGUGACAUGCAGAUGUCAGACAGGUUAUUUUGGUGAACGGUGUGGUUUGCAGUUGAUGAAGACAAGAACAGAAACUGAGGACACAGAUUCAUCAGCAACAGCAUUGGCGAUAUUAGCAUUUGUUCUUUCAACAAUUAGUUUAAUUGCAAUUAUUAUUGCAAUCACUGUUCGAGUUGGAAAACAGAACCCUUCUUUGUACGAAGGAGAAACUGAGGAGCAAGAGAAACUGCAACAGCACAUCAGUGCAUCUGUAUGACCACAGCAGAAUGCCACAGGUGCCUGCUAUUGGCUGAUGGUCAGACUGGCAGUAAAAUAAAGCAAGAUGGAAGGUUUUUUUUUUUUUUUUUUUUUGCCUACUGAUCUAAGUAUGAUGGGAUUGUCCUGUCACUGAACUGCAUCCUCUGGGUGCUCCGUUUCUGCUAUAAAAAGUAGAUAUUUGGGAUAAAUAUGAAACUUUGCAUAUUGUAUAUAUAUUUUUUUAAUAAUUAUGUAUUUAUUUCUAUAUUUAAUGCUAUUUAAUACAUUUGU